UUCACUCAUCGAUCCGAUUUAAAAUCACUGCUUUCAGCCGUUCGCCUCGAGACGAGACGCCUGUCUACAAGCCAUAAAACCCUAAUCCCAAAAGCCUCGCAGAGGACUCUAAACUCGCUUCUCCAAAGCUAAGAUUUGCUCUUGCAGCUCAGUUUAAUUACCAACCAUGCCAAAGUCCAAGCGCAACAGAGCAGUUUCAUUAACAAAAACCAAGAAAAAAGGGAGAGAACACAAAGAAUCGAUAGUAAAUUCUAUAAGGGAAGCGGCGGAAAACUACAAUUCGAUAUAUGUGUUUACUUUUGAGAACAUGAGAAAUCUCAAGUUCAAGGAGUUUAGAGAGCAGCUGAAAUCUACCAGCAGAUUCUUCCUUGGAUCAAACAAAGUAAUGCAGGUAUCUCUAGGUCGAUCUGUUGCUGAUGAGAUCAGGCCAGGAAUCCACAAAGUUUCCAAGCUUCUCCAUGGAGAUGCUGGACUUUUUCUCACCAACUUGCCAAAAGAAGAAGUUGAAAGGUUAUUUAAUGAAUACGAGGAAUAUGACUUUGCAAGGACCGGAAGCAUCGCAACAGAAAAGGUAGAACUCAAGGAAGGUCCUUUGGAGCAGUUUACCCAUGAGAUGGAGCCCUUUCUUCGCAAGCAAGGAAUGCCUGUUCGGUUGAACAAGGGUGUUGUGGAGCUAGUUUCAGACUUUGUUGUGUGUGAAGAGGGAAAGCAUUUGUCACCUGAGUCUGCUCGAAUACUGCGAUUAUUGGGCAUCAAGAUGGCUACUUUCCGUCUUCACUUAAUUUGCAGAUGGAGUCCUGAAGAUUUUGAGAUUUACAGAGAAGGGCAAGAUGAGUCAGAUGUUGAAUCAGCAUAAAACAUUGCGGCUUUAGUCUAUAUCCUCCUUGAAUUUUUGUUAAAUCCUAAUGACAUCAAUCCAUAUCAUGUGUAAUACAAACUAAUGCAGUCCAAUAGGAGGGGUGUGUAUGUAGUGCAGAGUAAUAGAGGAGCUUUGUACCUUUGGUUAAUCAAAGGCAGCAUCCUCUUUCAUUGCUCAGUUUUGUCUGCAAGCUUCUGCUCCUGAUUUUGAUUUGCAUUUGUUUUGACUACUUUUGAAGGAAGAAAUUAGAACCAGAUUAUUUUGUUCA